UGGAAAGGGGGGGGGACCUCACUGAUUCCAACUGCUGCACCUCGUCCCUAACCAAUAGAGAUUAAGCGCCACCACUGCCUUUCCUGAUCGGUGGGAGGAUCCUAUGUUUGUCUGUCCUGUUUCUUAGCACCCUCUAUGUAGGCUAAUUUACCGAAUACUGCAGCAAGGGUGUCACGAUCCAGAGAGAAGGAAGGCAAAUCGGGAGUAAAAUCGAAACAGCGGCCAGAAGAGAGUAAUGGCAGCCAUUAGGAAGAAGCUGGUGAUCGUGGGGGAUGGAGCCUGUGGAAAGACUUGUCUUCUCAUCGUCUUCAGUAAAGACCAGUUCCCCGAGGUCUACGUGCCCACAGUGUUCGAGAACUACAUCGCUGACAUCGAGGUUGAUGGCAAACAGGUGGAGCUGGCGCUGUGGGAUACAGCCGGCCAGGAGGACUACGACAGGUUGAGGCCUCUCUCCUACCCCGACACAGAUGUCAUCCUCAUGUGCUUCUCUAUCGACAGCCCUGACAGUUUAGAAAACAUCCCGGAGAAGUGGACCCCUGAGGUGAAGCACUUCUGCCCCAACGUUCCAAUCAUCCUGGUGGGUAACAAGAAGGACCUGAGGAACGACGAACACACACGGAGGGAGCUGGCCAAGAUGAAGCAGGAGCCAGUGAAGCCAGAGGAGGGCCGGGACAUGGCUAACCGUAUCAGUGCCUUUGGCUACCUGGAGUGUUCAGCCAAGACAAAGGAUGGCGUGAGGGAGGUUUUUGAGAUGGCCACCAGGGCGGCGCUGCAGGUGCGCAAGCGCAAGAAGAGGGGUGCCUGCCUGCUGUUGUGAGGAGGAGGAGGAAGACCUCAGUCGUCAACUGACAAAACAACAACAUAUAUAUAUAUAUAUACGCAGGACUGACCUUUUACCAAAUGGCAUCUUUGUACUGUAUCUCAUUUCACGCUAAAGAGGUUGGCGGCCGAAAGUGCUGAACGUAAAAUAACAAGGAUAAGGACUGGUCUGUAACACAGGUUAGAAAUUAGUGUUUAAACUUCUCAGCUUUGUUUUUGUUUGUUAUGCUUAUUCCAUGCAAUGGGUACAUUGUCAUUCGUCUAGUUUUUCCACAGCCGUCUUUUUUUUUCCCCUGUCGCUUUUGAGAAGAUAAUAAAUGCACAUGUAUUUGUAUGCAAAAAUAUUUGGCUGUCCUUCCCUGGGCCUGUACAGUCGGUCAACAGAGCUUGUGUUGUCAACAUGCACACUGUUGGAAUCAGGACUCACCCUAACUCUUGUUCAUUUGUAACCCGUCCUGUCCACUAGCAUAGAUUCUAUGGUAAGAGGGUCUACUUUCCAGGAGAGAGGUUUUGCUCUUUAGAACCAGUGCCUUUUAAAAAAAAGUUAUUUUUCAAGUCCUUGCAUACCACUAAGUAAUGCUCCUUCUGACCUGUUGGUCAACUCACUAGCAGGGGAGCGGAGGGCCUCCCCAUGUUAAUUAUACACAGUAGGUAUUGUAAUGCAAUCUGAACUUUGCUGCAUGUAACCUAGGCUUUGAGGGCUGUCGACAACUAGCCGCAAGAAACGACUUCAAAGUUCAUUUUACAUAGGAGAAAGCAUCAGCUAGUCCGUAUUGACUGAAAUCAGUCCCCCCCCCCCCACCCUGGGGGUAGUCAGAGCACCUCAUGGCACUGUAACAUGACCCUACAGAUAUGUGUGCAGAGAAGUCCAUCCGCCCCCUCAAAUAAGGUCUGGAUUGAACAGCUGUUCCACAGUCGUUCUGAACACCUGUACAGAGAUGCUUGAAUAUCCCACAUAAACAGAAGCUAACAUGACUUUAAAGUACCACCACACCAGGACGUGACGAGUUGAAACAGGUGUCGCAUGAUGAUUAGGGGAGCGUGGUCUACAGUAGCUACAGUAGGUUUGUAUAAGUUGACACAAUCCUCUUUUUAGAAUGCCAAUGUAUUUGUCACAAGGCUGGAGCUACUGGGGUAUGGGGGGGGGACUGACUGACUGGUGGAUCCUGCCUCGAGAUCCUGUCAGGGUUGACUGGCCUGGAGAUUUCCAGUCUGACUGCAUUCUGAGGAGCCACAUGACUGUUUUUCAGUGCCUUCUCUUUCCUGGUAACCUGUGCGACUUUAGCGUUCCCUUCCCCGAGAGCCGAGCAGAGACUGGACCGGUUGCUCAAUGCCAACACGCCACACAGCCAGUCAACUUUGACACCUCUGUCAUGUUGCACAAAGUUCAACACUCCCAGCACUCACUCACCCAGCCAUAACAAAUGUCAGGGGGAAAUGAUGCUUGACAAAUUAAGAGUAUUUUUUUCAAGGUACACUUUGCCACAGCGUUCUGCAAAACAUACCUGGUUGAAACCCCAGUUAGAAUUCGAUCAUCCAUAGAUGAGAUCUUUUCAGCUUGGUGGUUGAUUGUAUUUCAUUUGAGGAAGGAAACUCCCAGUGUGCUUUGCCUGAUUUUUCAGGAACUGGUUUGUCAAUUCUCAGUUUGUUCUGGCUUGGCGCUAUUUGACAAAGUCCCCACACAAUUCUCUCUCCCUACCUGUCGCACAGCUAAAAUGACGUGCUCUGCACUGUGUUACGUUAACAGUAACGUUUGGAGGGUGUGCUACAGAGUUGGAAAUUACUUUUGCAUUCGGACAUGAUUUCUUGUCUUCUUGUCUUCUUUUUUUAUUUUUUAUAUUGCACUGCUGAGAACAAUAAAAUGCAUCGGGGUUGCUGAAGUCACUGGUCAACCUAGGCUGUGUUUUUCUUUUACUGUUUUGUCAUUUGACUUGAUUUACGUAAUGGAACAACACUGGAGCUAUAGCAUGCCUGAGACUGGCGCUGGAAUAUACUGUAUUCGGGCUCCUCUCGGUCUUUAGCUUUAUAAACCACCUAUUUCCAUUACACUUUUUACUUGUGUCCACCAUGGCUCCAACAUUACACCACUCCAAUAUGCUUGAUCUCUAUUUUCUGUAUUGCUUGGACUAGGUUAGACAUUUCACUUGCAUGGAAGUGGAAAUGUCAAUUUUAAGUUUACUCUUUUGUAUCCUAUGAUGUUGACCAUUUGUCUAGCGGGAGCCCGAUGAGCCUUUCUCUACUGAUUUUUCACAGCGUUCCUAUUUCUCCUGGUUUGUGUCUGUCGUUCUUCUGCCUGUGUCCAUAAACCGGUCUGUCCAACUAAACAGGGCUCAACUUUCCAAAUGUCCAUCAGCAACGUCACAUGACAGGUUUAAAGGGUUGCAUGCAACCUGGUGUGUGACGCUAGCGAUAACAGGUAUUCCACAAUGCCAAUGAAAAAAUAUUAGCUGGUUCGAUUGACCGAGCCCUCUGCUGGCCAAGUCGUCCAUGUUAAGAGCUUCUACUGUGGUAGGAAAAUGACUAUGUUCAAGCAGACAGAAACCGGGCGGUGUUAUAAGCGGUGUCCCAGUAUCACCCAAUAUUGUGACUGUUCAGGGGUGAAGCUCUGAGGAAAUAUGAGUUUGUCCCUUCAGGAGUAUGUUUGACUACACAAAAUGGAACUUAUGACAUUUGCCAUUUUGUUACCAUAUUACCUUUUGGUAUGGGUGUAUGUUCUAACAGUGUUUCCAUGUCGCCAACCCAUGAAAAGGACGGCAACUUUUCAGACAUUUACGCCAACCUAAAUGCCAAGGAAUUCUAGGACAUCUAAAUAAAGGCAUUUGCAAGACUAUAUGUCCAGCAUAAUGUUACAACCAACCCCCACCCCCAAAGCAGAAGGCAAACUACAUAUCAAGAUAAGCAUGUAGACUGCUGUUUUGUGUACGCUGCUACUUAACUUAGAUCACACUACUACAAAACCUAAUCUUGUCUUCUAUUAUGUCGGUGUCUGCAUGAGUGAAACUAUGGUCUCUGCAACAGUUGCUCCACUAUGGGAACAGCUUCUAUCUGCUCAGUGUCUAACUCCUCUUUCUGGAAGUAUCUAAAAAAUAACAAUCCAGAUUUCUAUAAGAAAGCUCAUUGUAAUAAUGCUUAAACGAAAAGUGAUGUAGUGGAUGUUUGAUUAAAGUGAACACGAACAAUGUUAAUAAACUAUUUUUGAGACGAGAUUAUA